AUGGCAAGUGCCGAUAGUUCUUCGGAUAAUUCAGAUUCGUUGUAUUUUACGCCUCUAGGAUCCGGACAGGAAGUCGGCCGAUCAUGUCAUUUGCUAGAGUACAAGGGAAAACGAGUUAUGCUCGAUUGUGGUGUACACCCGGGUCUUCAAGGAGUCGAUGCCCUUCCAUUUGUCGAUUUUGUCGACAUCGAAAAUAUCGAUUUGUUACUAAUAACACAUUAUCACAUCGAUCAUUGUGGUGCUCUUCCUUGGCUUCUUCAAAAAACUGCAUUCCGUGGGAAAUGCUUUAUGACACACGCUACAAAAGCGAUCUAUCGAAUGAUGUUAGGAGAUUAUAUAAGGAUUUCAAGAUAUGGCGGAGGAAACGAUAAAAAUCAAUUAUUCACUGAAGAAGAUCUCGAAAAAAGUAUGGCGAAAAUCGAAGUAAUUGAUUUUCGCGAGCAAAAAGAAGUGAAUGCCAUCAAAUUUUGGCCGUAUGUCGCUGGACACGUGUUGGGAGCAUGCAUGUUUAUGAUUGAAAUCGCUGGAGUUCGCACGUUGUACACUGGCGAUUUUUCGUGCGUCGAAGAUAGGCACUUAUGUGCUGCCGAAAUUCCGCCGGUAUCCCCACAAGUUCUGAUUUGUGAGUCUACUUAUGGAACUCAACAUCACGAAGAUCGUGAUGCUCGUGAAGCGCGAUUUACCAAAAUGGUUCACGAAAUUGUUGGUCGAGGCGGGCGAUGCUUGAUACCUGCUUUUGCCCUUGGUCGUGCUCAGGAGUUGUUGCUCAUUCUUGACGAAUAUUGGGAGGCUCAUCCCGAGUUGCACGAUAUCCCUGUUUAUUAUGCUUCAUCUUUGGCUAAAAAGUGUAUGGCAGUUUAUCAAACAUUUGUUAGCGGAAUGAAUCAAAGAAUUCAAAAGCAAAUGUCUGUCAAAAAUCCGUUUAUUUUCAAACAUGUAUCUAAUCUAAAGGGAAUCGAACACUUUGAAGAUGCCGGCCCUUGUGUGAUUCUCGCAUCACCGGGAAUGCUUCAAACGGGAUUAAGUCGCGAGCUGUUCGAAAAAUGGUGUUCCGAUUCGAAGAAUGGAUGUAUCAUUGCGGGCUACUGUGUCGAAGGAACUCUUGCCAAACACAUUCUUUCUGAACCGGAAGAAAUUGUUGCAAUGAAUGGAGAUCGGCUACCCAUGAGAAUGCAAAUUGGAUAUGUUUCAUUUUCUGCUCACACGGAUUUCCUGCAGACAUCUACGUUUGUCAAAGAGCUCCGUCCACCGCAUUUGGUGCUUGUUCAUGGUGAACAACACGAAAUGAGUAGACUGAAAGCAAACAUCGAACGCCACUUCCAAGAUUCAAACAUUCCUAUUGAAGUUCAUAAUCCGAGGAACACCGAACGAAUUGAGCUGCAAUUUAGAGGAGAAAAAACCGCAAAAAUUGUUGGAGGACUGGCCAAAAGAAUACCAGAGAACAAUGAAGUUAUUAGUGGAGUUUUGGUUAAAAGAAAUUUCGCAUACGCUAUUAUGGAUCCGAAAGAUCUUGUUGCAUACACUUCGUUGAGAAUAUCGAAUUUGAAUCAGAAACAAUCGAUAUUUUAUUCGGGGACUAUUCCGUUACUCAUUUUCAACUUACGGCAACUCAAUGACGACGCAAUUCUGGUUCAUCAAGCUAAAAUUAAAGAUUCGAAAGAAAAUUGUCCAACACACGUGAUUCAACUUUUCAAUGGAAAUGUCGUUGUUCAAUACUAUCAACAUAAUAAUGUUGCUGUGAUUCAGUGGGAAUCAAAUCCAGUAAAUGAUAUGUACGCUGAUGCAACAUCUGCGGCGAUUAUGCACGCUGAAACUAACCCAAUUCCUGAUAAAUACCUGCCAACUGUUAAUGAAUUCCCGACAUUUGAAACUGCAAUUGAAGGAAUGGUUAAAGAUAUUUGCGGUGAUGACGCGAUGGUCGUGAGUACUAGUGAUGGUUUGACGGUUAAAUUCGAAGAUGACGGACGGAGGAUGCUCAUUGAGCCUGCAUAUGAAAAUGCUGUUCCAGUUGGUGACGAGAGUUCUGAAGAUCCGAUGACAUCUCAUGUCCUACAACAGUUGACACAGAAAAUGAGAAAGGUUGUGACGAUGAAUACGAAUGAAACUGAUGGUCUCGACGCAAUGGAGCAUUGA